GAGGAAGUCAUGCACUGCAUUUCCGCAAUUCUGAAAGACAAGCGUUCCACCUUUUAGCUUUUCUGAAACUGGCAUUUCGCAAUCUGAAAUACCUGUUUAAAUCAAUUGUCACCUUAGAACGGAGGGAAUAUGGUAAUAAAUACCCAAGUCGUUACUCGGGUUUCUGAAGUUGCAGAAUCAAUUACGGGGAAAAACGGCUUCCUGGAGCAUUUCUCCCCUAAGAGGAAAUUUACCAGCACUGUGAGCUGUGGGGAGUGUUCAUGAAGAUUAUCUCAAAGGGUUAUUCAACGAUAGUUAUGACCUCCCGAUUACGAGCGUUGGGUGGAAGAAUUAAUAUACGCACCUCAGAAUUACCCAAAGAAAAAACUCGAUCUGAAGUCGUCUGCAGCAUCCGCUUUUUAGAUGGCUCGGUACAGACCUUUAAAGUUAAUAAACAAGACACCGGUCAAGUUCUUCUGGAUAUGGCAUUCAACCACUUGUGCGUGACUGAAAAGGAGUAUUUCGGUUUGCAGCAUGGCGAUGAAUCGGUGGACUCUCCCCAGAGAUGGUUGGAAUCAAGUAAACCCAUUAGGAAGCAGUUAAAAGGAGGUUUCCCCUGUACCCUGCAUUUUCGAGUAAGAUUUUUUAUACCUGAUCCCAACACACUGCAGCAAGAACAAACCAGGCAUUUGUAUUUCUUACAACUGAAGAUGGAUAUUUGCGAAGGAAGGUUGACCUGCCCGCUGAACUCGGCAGUGGUCCUAGCCUCCUAUGCAGUACAAUCUCAUUUUGGAGAUUAUGAUCCUUGCGUUCAUCAGCCAGGCUAUCUUUCCGAUAGUCAGUUUAUACCAGAUCAGAACGAAGACUUUUUAACAAAGGUGGAAUCGCUCCACGAGCAGCACAGUGGGCUGCAGCGAUCGGAAGCGGAGUCCUGCUUCAUCAACAUAGCGCGGACCCUCGACUUCUACGGGGUGGAGCUGCACGGUGGCCGGGAUCUGCACAAUUUAGAUCUGAUGAUUGGAAUUGCUUCUGGGGGCAUUGCUGUGUACCGAAAAUAUAUUUGCACGAGUUUCUAUCCUUGGGUGAACAUCCUAAAAAUUUCUUUCAAAAGGAAAAAGUUCUUUAUACAACAACGCCAAAAACAGACUGAAUCCAGGGAUCAUGUUGUGGCCUUCAACAUGUUAAAUUACCGAUCUUGCAAAAACUUGUGGAAAUCCUGUGUCGAACACCAUACAUUCUUUCAGGCAAAGAAGCUGCUACCUCAGGAAAAGAAUGCUCUGUCUCAGUACUGGACGCUGGGCUCUAGGAACCCCAGAAAGUCGGUAAAUAACCAGUAUUGCAGAAAGGUGAUUGGAGGGAUGGUCUGGAACCCAGCCAUGCGGAGAUCCACGUCAGUGGAGCAUUUAGAAACCAAGAGUCUGCCUUCUCGGUCCCCCCCCAUUACUCCCAACUGGCGAAGUCCCCGGCUCCGGCAUGAAAUCCGAAAGCCACGGCACUCCUCUGCAGAUAACCUCGCCAACGAAAUGACAUACAUUACCGAAACCGAGGAUGUGUUUUAUACCUACAAGGGCUCGCUCUCUCCGAAAGACAGCGAUUCCGAGGUUUCUCAGAACCAAAGCCCACACCAAGGGAGUAUAUCCGAGAACAACCCAGCCCAAAGCUGCCUGACCCGGACGUCAUCCAGUUCUGUGUCUCCGUCUUCAAAUGCUCCAGGCUCCUGCUCGCCGGAUGGCGUGGACCAGCAGUUCUUAGAGGACUUCCACAGGGUGACCAAAGGGGGCUCCAUCGAGGACUCCAGCCAGUACUACUGUGACAAGAAUGAUAAUGGUGAUGGCUACUUGAUCUUGAUCCGUAUCACGCCAGAUGAAGAUGGAAAAUUUGGAUUUAAUCUAAAGGGAGGAGUAGAUCAGAAGAUGCCUCUCGUGGUAUCGAGGAUAAACCCAGAGUCACCUGCGGACACCUGCAUUCCUAAGCUGAACGAAGGGGAUCAAAUCGUGCUAAUCAACGGCCGGGACAUCUCAGAACACACCCAUGACCAAGUGGUGAUGUUCAUCAAAGCCAGCCGGGAGUCCCACACCAGGGAGCUGGCCCUGGUGAUCCGGAGGAAAGCCGUCCACUCCUUUGCUGAAAUCAAAUCUGAAGAUGAACUGAACCAGCUCUUCCCAGAUGCCAUUUUCCCCGUGUGUCCAGAGGGUGUGGACACGUUGGAGGAAUCCAUGGAGCAGCUAAAGAAGGGCCUUGAAAGUGGGACCGUGCUGAUCCAGUUCGAGCAACUCUACAGAAAGAAGCCCGGUUUGGCCAUCACGGUUGCAAAGCUGCCUCAAAAUUUGGACAAAAAUCGAUACAAAGAUGUGUUGCCUUAUGACACCACCCGGGUAUUACUGCAGGGAAGUGAAGAUUACAUUAAUGCGAGUUACGUGAACAUGGAAGUCCCUGCCGCUAACCUUGUGAACAAGUACAUUGCCGCUCAGGGACCCCUGCCACACACCUGCGCACAGUUUUGGCAAGUCGUCUGGGAUCAGAAGUUAUCACUCAUCGUCAUGUUGACGACUCUCACAGAGCGAGGGCGGACCAAAUGUCACCAGUACUGGCCCGAUCCCCCCGACGUCUCGGAGCAUGGCAACUUUCACAUCCGCUGCCAGUCGGAGGACUGCACCAUUGCCUAUGUGUUCCGAGAAAUUCUGGUCACCAACACCAAGACCGGAGAAGAGCACACUGUAACACACCUCCAGUACGUCGCGUGGCCUGACCAUGGCGUGCCCGAUGACUCCUCGGACUUUCUGGAAUUCGUAAGCUACGUGAGGUCCCUGAGGGUGGACGCCGAGCCCGUCCUCGUGCACUGCAGCGCUGGAAUAGGUCGAACUGGUGUCUUGGUCACCAUGGAAACAGCCAUGUGCCUGAUUGAGAGGAACCUGCCUGUUUACCCGCUGGAUAUUGUCCGGAAAAUGCGAGACCAGCGCGCCAUGAUGGUGCAGACAUCAAGCCAGUACAAGUUUGUGUGCGAAGCGAUUCUUCGUGUUUAUGAAGAAGGCUUAGUCCAAGUGCUGGAUCCCAGUUAAAGACAACUGUGAAAACGUUCAUUCCUCUUUCCAAGGGCAUCCUCUUACGGACAGACCUUCUCUCUGGAAGCAGCAAGAGGAAUCUGUAGACUGUGGUGUGGGGAAGGACAGGGCACAUUUGAGCCCAGGCACUUUAAAUCUCUUUAAAAAGGUAUCGUGUACAUAGGGCCCGUGUAGAUACGCAUGCAGUGGUAGCGUUUAGGCCCAUACUCCUCCAGAGAGAAAUACAGAAAAGGGGAUUCCAGUCGGGGCCUGUCCUAAUGCCUCCCUCCCUAGACGUCACCGUGAUCCUGUAAACCAUCCUUGGGCAAUUGAGAGGGGAUGCCAGAGGCGCAGUUGACCUCCCAGAAUAAGACGGUGUGGCCAUCUCGAGUUGCGUCGAUGCUUUGUAUAUAUGUGUGUACAGGACUCUACGAGCCAAGCCUUCCAUGUGCUCCUAGACCGAGCUGGAACAGUCAGCGGUCACCUGCCCCGCUGCCGAGGAAACCUGAUGAAUGUACCAAACGCAGGGGGGUGGGCUUUCCGGCUGAAGGAUGAGCAGCCCCUCUCCCGCCCUCCCUCUAUCCCGCCUGCCCCUGCCAAUCGUGUCCAAAACGCCCACUGUCUGCCUGCAUUAGUGACCCCCUUCAGGUUCACAGGCAGUGCCUGAACCGGGUCAGUGCCGCAGGUUCAGGUGUGUUUCGAGUUGAGACUGAGAAUGAGGACGUCGGCUGUCGUCUUGGCUUCGGCGCGUUAGUUGUAGAAGCAGGUGCUGCUCACCUGGCCGCCUCUCACCGUGCUCUCUCUCAGUGCCCAAGACUGGAACCGUCAACUACUGAAUCUACUACAUGGAUUGCUGCUACUUCGAGCUCUUACACUUGAAACAUUACGGUUUUCCUGAGGGGAGAUGGGAUAUCAUCUGACUGUUCAGAAUCUUUGGCCCUUCUGAGGAACGAUCUUCUAGGCAUUGAACCGUGGGAAACCCAGCUUCUGGAGGGCUGUCUGUGGGUGCGGGUCAGCGAUGUUUCUCAGGAUUCCUGACUUGAUUCAAAUGACAGUGGCGUUUAUAUAAAGAACAAAUGCGCGUAUUCACCCUCGGUUACAAUGGUCUCCAUUUCAUUUCAAAGGAGAGGAUCAGACUAUCUGAAUAUAAAUGCAAUUUGAUGUUAAUUUAUUCUAAAUGCACCACGAUUCUGACUGUCCUAAAGAAUUCUGCCUUUGUUAGUACUGUGUUAAAUUUUUUUAAAAAUUUGUGACAAGAUUGUAGCAAAUUAUUAUUAUUUAAGGAAAAUAAAUUACAAAAAUCCCUUUAAA